UACCAGUCAGUAGUGCACUUUACGAGUAUGAUGCAGUGCAUUUGCAUGAUUUGGUGGGCAGAGCUAGCACCAGAUGAUGACUGGAUAAUGAUGGAUUGAAUCAACGAUUUGUUUACUAAUUAGUACUACUAGUCAUCACUAAAACAAGAACCUUCUGUCACUUAAUAUUGGUUGUGUUAAGUUAGCAUAAACUAAAUUUGCUCACGAAAACACGGGCCGCAUUUCAGCGAGUAUGGGCGAGGGAUUGGUCAGCGAUUCCGAACUACGGCAACUGCUGUUUAUCUUCUGUAAAUCCGGUUACAAAGCACGGGAGACAUCGAGCAAGGUGGAGUUGAUUGAGAGAAAGUGCCUGGCUCUGUUUGGAAAGGACUACAAGUACACCGUGAUCUACAAUUCCAACGGUGAGCUGUGCGGUCACUACCCAGAGAAACUGGUCAUUCUAGAGUACAUGCAGUCGGGCAAUGGACAGGACGAGAAAACUCAACAGAGCAUUGAGCCUCUAUAUGACAUUCAGAAGAUCCGUGAGCUGAUGUUGAAGUCGCGUUUUGCCCGAUGCAGGCAGCGUUUUGUCAUCCCCAUCAUCAUGUAUGAAGGAAAGCACAUCUGUAGAUCGGCGACGCUGUCGGGUGGACCAGAAAUCUACGGCCGGUCUGGGCUGGAUUAUUUCUUUUCAGGUGGAGAGAGUUUGGGAACUCAAGCGACCGACAGCGAAGAUUUGUUGGCAAGACAAAAUGCACCAACCAGCAGUAGUACAGGCAGCAAUGAGUGGCCGUUGUUUGACCGAUUCCGAGGCCAGGACAUCAAACUCCUGAAGAUGCUCUCAGUGGGCUGCAUCUCUGAUCUGAUGGUGGAAAACAAGAAAGUCAAGUUUGGUAUGAAUGUUUCGUCAUCAGAGAAGGUGGACAAGGAACAUCGGUAUGCCGAUUUCGACCUUGUGUCUGUGCCUUACCCCGGCUGUGAGUUCUUCCGAGAUUACAGGGAAAACGGCUUCAAUGCUGAGGGGCUGUACUACGACUGGAGUCAGGACUUUGUUGAUGCCGGACUAAGCAUUCCAGAGAACCUUUCCAGUAAGCUGGGUAUCGACUGGAAAAGUUACAGGUCUUGGGACCUUGUAAAAAUCACCCAGAACUACCUAAAGCUCUUCCUCCAUGUUGUUAAAGAAGGAGAAACAGGCCUUCUUGUACACUGCAUCUCUGGCUGGGACCGCACACCUCUCUUUGUGUCACUACUCAGGUUAACAUUAUGGGCGGAUGGGGUGGCCCAUAGGAAUCUCAAUGCAGCUGAAAUCCUGUAUCUCACCAUUGCCUACGAUUGGAUGCUGUUUGGACACAACCUUUCGGACAGGAUAGGCAAAGGAGAGGACAUUUUCUUCUUUUGUUUCAACUUCCUGAAGCACAUAACCUCGGACGAGUUCUCAGUUGCUGUUAAACGAAACAAGAGGUCCGUCAGUAGAACAGAUUCAGAGAGUUGUAUGGAUGGCAUGGUCUUACUAGACGUGGACAAACAGUGCCUUGGUAGUAACUCCAGUCUCAACAGCAACAUCAGCGUCACCAGUCUUAGCAGCACUAGUUCCCCCAUCCUCAUCUGCACGGGAGGGCCCCACGAAGAUAUCACCAACGGCUCCCUCAGGUGUUAUGGGUCCCCCGCCUUGGAUAAUGGCAAACCCCGCACCCCAACCCACCGGGAACCACCCAGGUCCCCACCAGCCACCUCAGCGACGAGUCCGGUAGCCGUGCCUCGACAAAUCAGGAGGUCCUCAGGAGAAGCAGCCAAGUCGGCAGCAUCAUCCACAUGUGGAAGUUGGCAACUGGUAUCCCAAACCGGCAGUGUCAAAGGUCACGUGUCAUCCAGAGACUCACCACUCAGUGUGCAUUCCGAUGUGUCCAGUAGCUCGAGUGGGACAGCCAGCACCGGGGCUGUGUUCGACAGCAUCUGUGAAGAGUCGGAGAGGAAACGCAAGCUAGACGAAGUCCGGAUUACCUUCAACAAGCUCUACUGUGCCAUCAUUGGUUCCCGCUACACCGUUGAAUCCGGGGGCAUUUCCAGUAUGAUCGACUCCAUCGCGUCCAAAGUAGGGUUCAGAUCCGGCCGGGGUACACCGGUAUAAUGGUCGGGUAGUUCUAGACAUUUUUUUAAUUAAAGAGGUUGUGGAAUGCUCGAAGACAUUUCCGUCA